ACCUACAGCUGGAAAGAUACGACUUUGUCAGGUAUUUUGCUUGAAACGUGUUUCUCUCUUCACGUGAGAUCAGAUGAUACCCUUUCGAAGUCACGCUUGAUCCGCGGAAUAAGGCAUUUAAUUUCAACGUCCUAUACGUUAUAAACAGGGAGGCUGAUAUUCAUCCCUCCAGUUCCCAGGGAUCCUUCAGCCUGCCCUGAUGAAGCCCCAGCAGGACGGAGACCUCCUGGAGGAGGACUCCCCUCAGGAGAAUGGAAUCCAGACGAGCCAGUACAGCGCCAUCUCUCCUCCUGCCUCUCCCGUGGCCCAGGACGAACCCUUCUCCACGUACUUUGAGGAGAAGGUGCCCAUUCCAGAGAGCGUCAACCAGGUGUUCAGUUUCCGUAAACUCUGGGCCUUCACUGGACCGGGGUUCUUGAUGAGCAUUGCUUAUUUGGAUCCAGGCAACAUUGAGUCUGACCUGCAGUCUGGAGCUAAAGCUGGUUUUAAGCUCCUCUGGGUGCUCCUGGGAGCCACCAUCAUCGGACUGCUGCUGCAGAGGUUAGCCGCGCGCCUCGGAGUCGUCACAGGGAUGCAUCUGGCCGAAGUCUGCAACCGACAGUAUCCCACAGUUCCUCGGAUCAUCCUCUGGCUGAUGGUCGAACUUGCAAUUAUUGGCUCCGACAUGCAGGAAGUCAUUGGCUGUGCCAUAGCCCUCAACCUUCUCUCUGUGGGCAGGAUCCCACUGUGGGCAGGAGUCCUCAUCACCAUCACAGACACGUUUGUCUUUUUGUUUUUAGAUAAAUAUGGUUUGAGGAAACUUGAAGCUUUCUUUGGUUUCCUGAUCACUGUAAUGGCCAUUAGCUUUGGUUAUGAGUACGUCCUGGUGAAGCCAGACCAGGGGGAGCUGCUGAAGGGCAUGUUUGUGCCGUACUGUGAGGGCUGUGGGCCCCUGCAGCUGGAGCAGGCUGUGGGGAUCGUCGGAGCCGUCAUCAUGCCUCACAACAUCUACCUGCACUCAGCGCUGGUCAAGUCUCGGGAUGUGGAUCGCAAAAACAAGAAGGAAGUGAAGGAAGCCAACAAGUACUUCUUCAUUGAGUCGGCUGUCGCGCUCUUCGUGUCCUUCCUCAUCAACGUCUUCGUCGUGGCGGUCUUCGCUCAGGCUUUCUACAACAAAACCAACAUGGAGGUGAAUGCGGAGUGCAACGCAACUGGCAUCCCUCACACAGACCUCUUCCCCCUCAACAAUGAAACCCUGGAGGUCGACAUUUACAAAGGGGGAGUGGUUCUGGGCUGUUUCUUCGGCCCGGCUGCUCUCUACAUUUGGGCGAUCGGGAUCCUGGCUGCGGGUCAGAGCUCCACCAUGACGGGGACCUACUCCGGCCAGUUUGUGAUGGAGGGUUUCCUGAACCUGCGGUGGUCCCGUUUUGCCCGGGUGCUGCUGACCCGCUCCAUCGCCAUCACCCCCACGCUGCUCGUCGCCAUUUUCCAGGACGUUCAGCAUCUGACCGGGAUGAACGACUUCCUCAACGUGCUGCAGAGCAUGCAGCUUCCCUUUGCUUUGAUCCCCAUUCUGACCUUCACCAGUCUGACGUCCAUAAUGAAUGACUUUGCUAAUGGAUUGGUGUGGAAGAUCUCGGGAAGCAUCGUCAUCCUGGUCGUUUGUGCAAUCAACAUGUACUUUGUCGUCGUGUACGUGACGUCGCUCAACAGCGUGCUGCUCUACGUUCUCUCCGCCCUGCUCUCUGUCGCCUACCUCUGCUUUGUAGGUUAUCUGGCCUGGCACUGCCUGGUCGCCUUGGGAGUUUCCUGUUUGGACUUUGGCAGCAGGAAGUUAAGUGCGAAUCAUUUAAGAGAUGCCGCUGGGACUCUCUCGUCACACAGACAUCUACCUCCUGAACGACAUGGACACCGACACGCAGGUGGAGAGAUGAAGGGACGCAGACUGGGUCUGCAGACUGAGGCCUGGGACCACUGAAGCUUCGCCAGUAGAUGUUUCUCUUCAACUCUUGGUGCCUAAAGUGUCUCAAAAGUGUUCUUACAGUGCGCCCGUAAAUGCCUGAAACUGUGGCGUUGAUGGUCUUUUCUCCUGCAGAGGGCCGAACAGAGUCGGCCUUUCACGGCAAAUGCUGGAAAAAAUUGCAACCAAAAUAGUUGCUUAUCGUGACUAAAAGAUAUCUGCGUUCGGGACACGGCUUACUUAUUAACCCCAACAAGAAAAAAGGCAGCGAUGAAGCAUUUCUCAUGUCAUAAAUUGUGCAACAAUGUACUUAAAACACUGAUUCAUACUUUGUCAAUUCAGGAAAACCGUGAUGUGCUCAUGUAGAGGUCAGUUACAGUUACACAUUCUGCUACACUGAAAGGGCUUUAAAUUAGGUUUUUCAUUAUUCGGCUGUUUUAUAUUUAACCUCGUCCUUUUUUUGUGACACCAUAUAAAGAGAUAAAUGUAUUUAGCUCUUGCAGAAAACAGGUUUUUAGUGAGUGUGAAAUGAUGUGCUUAAUCUCAGAAGCAUUUUCAGAAACUGCUGUAACUGUUACACCUAAAGUUUUGCACUAAAGCUAAUUUGAUCGUUUUAAUUAGCCUCCAGAACACUUCCAUUAAAUUCAGUUUUUAAAAGGUAUGUUCAAAUAAAAUAAUUGGUUUUUACCUGUAAAUUACUUGUUUGUAUCGUGUUUUUUUAAUUAAAUAUUUAAAUAGAAAUACACUUUGAAAACAAUUAACUAAUCAAUUAGCAGGAGAUACAAAAUAAAAAAAAUCUCAUAUGUGAGCACAGCUUGAUUAAUUCCUAAUUUUAUAUUUUUAAAAAGGCUACUUUAUAUCCCUGUUUCUCAAGGGAAUCAGGCAGCUGCCCAUUAUUCCAUUUAAAACAUUUGUUUAGCCGUUAUUUUAAAACCAAUAAAUUGUUAUAAUGUAACUUUUUUUAUAUAUAUAUUCACACUUUUAACCUUAAAUUUUUAGUUUUCUGUCUUUUUCUUUGUUAGUUACACAAAAGUAUUUAAGGAAAAGGACGUUCUUGAAAACACUACUUCUUUCAAAGCCUUUGAAAAUUUGAGGGUUCGAGCAGCUCAAUAAACACACACACUGGCAUCAGUUAGAGAUUUUGAGAUCAUGAAAUAUUUCACAUUCCCCUUUAAUUGAAAUAUGAUUAAAACUUUCACUUUUUAGUCGAUGUUUUCAACCUCCCAUAAACUUGUUUAUUAGCUUCUUUUGUUCUUAAACCUCUUAGUUUUUCUGUUCUAUUUAAAUAAAUGUUACUCCGUCUUGUAGCAUGUAUUAUUUAUUAGAUAAAAUUCAACUUUUUGUGGCCACAGAAGCAUUACUUUUUUUUUUAAUGAAGCCAAAGUUGUGUCGGUGUUUGCUCUUAUAAAGAAAUGUACUACUUACAUUUUUCACAGAAAAGAAAGUUGUCUUGUCAUGACUCCUUUUUCAUGUCCUAGAAAAUAUAUUUUUGUACGUUAACUGUAGAAAUGUUUUCAACUUGGGUUUUCAGAGAUUUUUUUGUAAAAUAACAAAAAAGUAAGUUUCAUUUAUAUAAAAAGCAGAUAUGUUUGUUCCACAACGUGGUGCUAAAAUGGCAUUUAUGUCAUUUUUACACUUUAACCCUUCCUUCAGUGGCUUGAUUAUUUUUAAGACCAUCGAAACACAGCUGUGUUGCAAACUGUUUUAUCGUGUACAGAGUGCUGAUGAUGAUGCACAGUUUGGUGGGAACGGAUUAAAUGACUAACAACAGAGUUUAUCAUCCAAAACAAAAGCAGAAAAAACAUGUUUGCUCUUUGACCAAAUAUCAAACCACACUAAUAUUCAUGUUAUGGCUGUGCAGAUGACCAUAGUGCCUGCUGUCUUCACCAAUGUGCCUUAUUUCUGUUAUUUUAUGGCGCACUGUAUGCUAUAUAGAAAACAUACCAGCACUUAUUUUCAAAACAAUUGGAAACUUUAUGAAAAUAUAAAUCUGACUUUUUGGUUAUUUAUUGUAAAUGUCUUUUUUUUUUUUUUUUUUUUUUUUUUUGUAAUUGCAUUGAUGCAUCAUGUGUCAAUUCCUAAAACUAUUUUCUGAACAUUAUUUAUAUUGGGAACACCUGUCAAAUAGUCUGGUUUUGUGUACAUACAGAGAACUGAUGCUGUACCGUAUUGUAAGUUAUUUCUGAAAUCAUGAAGUUAGACAGUGAGAUACAGUGCUCAGACUGACAUUGUUUUCUGUUAUUCUUUGAGAACUACUGUAAUAAAUUAUG